AAAACUCCCGUCAAACGAAUUCAAAAAAUGUCGGCGGAAGAGGAGCACGUGCAAGUUGAGGACAAACCGGAGGUAAAAACUGAAUUAAAACCGUCGAAAAGUGGCUCCGUGUUGUUCCCCAAUGAGAACAAAUAUUCACACAUUAAGAAUAAAUUAGUGCGAACUCAACAGUACCAGAAAGCCAAAAAGGAACAGAAGAAGGCGAAGAAAUUGGCCAAGAAAGAGCGUGAGAGGGAAGGUGGGGCCAAAAAAGUGCCCCACACGCUUGAAACCCUAAGGUUAAAAGACGAAACCACAGUUGAGGAUGUUAACACUGAAGAAAACGAAUUGGUCAGAAACGACUUUGACAACGACGAGUUCAGCGAGUAUUACCAACAGUCCUACGAGCCUAAAGUCCUUAUCACUUACUCCGAUAAUCCCUUGCGGAAAACUCGAAUUUUUGGACGUGAGUUGACCAGGAUCAUUCCCAAUUCGGUCUCCUUGUACCGGAACAGGUCAGGUGUUAAAAAAAUUAUAAAGAGCGCCACAAAACGAAACUAUACUGAUAUUCUCGUUAUUAAUGAAAAUCGGCAUGAACCUGACGGUUUACUUGUUAUUCAUUUGCCCAAUGGGCCGACGGCGCACUUUAAGCUUUCCAACGUCAAAAUUACGACCGAGUUGCGCAAAAAUCACAAAGACAUCAACGAUCAUAGACCUGAAGUCAUUUUAAAUAAUUUUUCAACUAGGUUGGGCUUGACUAUUGGGAGAAUGCUGGGGGCGCUGUUUCACUACGAGCCUGAGUUUGUGGGGCGCAGGGCGGUCACGUUUCACAACCAACGUGAUUACAUAUUUUUCAGGCACUAUAGGUAUGAAUUUGAUAAAGACGGCAAGAAGGCUCGGUUGAAGGAACUGGGGCCUAGGUUUACCUUGAAGUUGAGGUCAUUACAGAAAGGGACUUUUGAUAGCAAGUAUGGACAGUAUGAGUGGAUUAUUGAAGGGAGAAGGCAUGCCAUGGAAACAAGCAGGAGAAAGUUUUUCUUGUAAUUUAUUUUUAGAAAUAAUAAAACUUUUAUGGCUCA